AUGAAUGGGAGCGCCGAUGAGUGUCCCCUGAGCCCAAAGAGCGUGCGGUCAGUUGAGUCCAGCCAGCCGUUCCCUCCACUCAGCCCUGAUCUCGAGUCUCUCAACUAUAUCGAAGAGGAAGAGCCUCGGCCAGAAGGAGACGAUGAAGAGCGAGGAGACGCUAUUGAUAAGGAUGAUGUGGUGAUCAAUGGAGAAGAGGUCGAUGAAGUCAGGGGCACGGAAGAAGCAGAAUUUCUCUCGCAAUAUUCACCGCAAGCGUCUGGGUCGGAGGAAGAAGACGACGAAGUAGAAGAAGGCGAGGGAGAAGAGAGCUCCCAGGAAGAAGACAACCUCGCCAUUGACCGGCCGUACCUACGAUCAACGGUAUCUCUACCUCAUGCAUUUGCGCCACCGUUUUAUAACCGACCACCUACUCCUCUCCCUCCUUCGCCGUCGUUGACUUCUCUUCUUCGCCCGUCCUUCUCGGCAACGACCUCACGUCCCACGACACCCGAUAGCUCUGAUGUUGAAACGCCCAAUGAUACCGAAGCUGCGGUGGCCAAGUCCGCGCGCAAUGCGACGACCGUGCCUCGAGCGAGUCCAAAAGUGCCUACGUAUGAAUACUAUGGGUUUGUCCUGUACCUGGCGUCGUCGCUUGCAUUCCUGAUGUAUUUGCUAUGGUCCUUUUUACCAUCUCCAUUUCUACAUAAUCUGGGCAUACACUACUAUCCCAACCGAUGGUGGUCUCUGGCAAUACCGUCUUUCCUGGUGAUGACGAUUAUCUACAUAUAUGUUGCCCUAGCAGCGUAUAACACGGGCUAUCUAACGCUACCAAUGAACAGCAUUGAGAAUCUAGUUGAUGACGCGGCGAACAUUGCUGUGAUAGAUAGCAAAGGGCGGCGUCGACCAGGAGGUUCAGCGAAGAUGAACCCUGACGCGGCGACGGCCCAGAUCAUGGGCUCGCAGAAGAGAAUACCGUGGGAUCAGGUGUGGAAUGAAGGGACUGAUGCAGUGAUGGACAUACCCAUUGGUGGGGUAUGUGAAGUUCUGUACGGCGGUGAUGAUAACGACAGUAAUAACAGGCAGUAUUAG